AUGAACACGUCUUUAAGAAAUGAAAUAAACUACGUCCAGAGCGUGGCCAGCAGGUUUAGGUUUAGAGACAUUAGCUGCGCGCGCAUAUUUGACGGUGACGAAAACUACACAGAGGAAGCGUUAGCUUUGGCGCCAACAUUCAACACGUCGCUGGACGACCAAAAUUAUCUGGAUUUAACAGAAGACUGCGAUGUUUUCCGUUACACGAGGGGCUACUUGAUGUCGUCACUGACAGAGGAAGAAAAGAAUUUCCCUAUAGCGUUCUCGCUGGUGGUCUACACAGAUACAGAGAUGGUGGAGAGAUUACUGCGGGCCAUCUACAGGCCGCAGAAUUACUACUGCAUCCACGUGGACCUGAAGGCAUCCGAGAGCUACUUCGGCGCCAUCAAGGCCAUUUCCGAGUGUUUCAGCAACGUGUUUCUGAGCGCGAAGAGAGUGGAUGUUCAGUGGGGGACAUUCACCGUGCUCGAACCGGAACUGAUCUGUAUGAAGGAGCUUUGGCGAUACAGGAAGUGGAAAUAUUUCAUCAACCUGACGGGCCAGGAGUUCCCACUGAAGACAAACUUUGAGCUGGUCAAGAUACUCAAGUCUUACGACGGGGCCAAUAAUAUUGAAGGGACCAUUAAAAAGUAUGGAAACGUUUUAAUAGAUGCAUGAUUUUAUUGGCACGACCAUGCUUAUGCGGGUGAAUAGGCGCGUUUGAUAAUUGAACAGCUCAGAAUAAAAUAUAUCUCCUGUUUUGGAUAAAGUUUAUGUAAAUUACAUUACAAUCCAAACAUUGAUAAUUUUUUUUUUUUGGUAUGCUUUGACAUUGUUAAUACAUUAAAAUUUGCCUCCGUUUGAUUCCACAUCUCUCCGCUUUUCACAUAACCAAGCGCUAACAAAGAACGCUGGAAGGACCCACCGCCGGACGGACUUCGCCCAGUGAAAGGAUCUGUCCAUAUAACGGCCAGUAGGUGGGUUGGCUAA